GUAUGCGACAUAAUUUUAUUUUAUUAUAUAGACGAGACAAGCUAAACACAAACUAAACUACUCUACUCUAAUACCAUUAUUACCAGUCUAAUCCCAAAUGUCAUUCGCUAAUUUUGAUUACGAAGCGCAAAAGCCUAUUGGGAAGUUGGAAUCUAUUCCUCCUAAUAAUGAGUUAGAUGUAAUAUUAACUAAGACAUCAGACCAAGUCAAGUCAUUUGGAAACUUAAUAUCACAACUAGAUAUUCAAAGGAGGAAUAUAGGAACAAGACGAGAUGGACAAGAAUUAAGAGAUAAAACAGAUGUGUUGAUUGAGAAUAUGAGACAAAAGAAUUUGGCUAUAGAUAAUUUAAUAUCUGAACUUGAUGAAUUAAUGAAUCAGAAUAAGAGGGUUGUACAAACUCAGCCUUUGAAUGUAGCAAUAUCAAAUAAACAGACGGUAAACAAACAAAGAUUGGCUAAUGAAUAUAACUCUUUGAUUCGACAAUUUGAAAAGUCAAUAAACUUAUACAAUGUAAGAAAGAAAGAUUAUCCACUUGAAAUUGUGGAAAGCAAAUAUUCAGAAACAACACCAUUAUUAGUAAAUAAUACUCAAACUCAAUUACAAAUACAAGAACAAGUUCCAGAUAUGCUAGAUGAAACAGAUUUACAAACUCAUAUAUAUCUCACGGAAGAAAGAAAUCUUCAAAUAGAUCAAAUUCAUGAUGGAGUACAAGAGAUUAAUGAAAUAUAUAAGGAAUUACAUGGUCUAGUUCAGCAACAAGGUGAACAAAUUGAUUCUAUUGAAGAUAAUAUCCUUCAAUUACAAGAUAAUUCACAACAGGCUCAUAAACAAUUGAAACAGGCCGAUCAAUUACAGAGAAAGAAAGGUAAAUGGAGUUGUUUGCUCCUUACUGUGCUUACCAUAGUGGUUCUAACCAUAGUUUUGGCAGUAUUAAGUUAAAUUACAAUGUAAUCGUAGAUGUAAUAAUAAUAAUAAUAAUGUAUUAAUGAAAUUCUUA